AUGUCUCGACCAGGCGCUACCACGAUGCUUGGGCUACUGUACGAGGGCAGCGACUUCGAGGCCUGGAAAGAAAGACUCCGCGGGCUCCUUCAGCAACAAGACCUCGACUUGGACCAUCUUACUCAAAAUCCUCACAACUACGAUGCUGCAAGUAGGCGGAACAUCAUCAUCAGAGCCAGUGUGAGCGAGUCAGUUUUGACCAGACUUCGGACACCCGCUAUUUGGAGCGUACCCACUGGACCUUUGCUGAAGAUUCUGAAACGUCGAGCCCAACCCUUCAGGUUCCUAGACCUUCCGGCAGAACUCAGAAACCACAUCUACGAGCUCGCUUUGCCACAUUCAUCCGUCGCACACGGCUCUCAACGCCAUGCCAAGUCUGGUCUUCCGGCUCUGUUACAUACCAGCUCCAAGAUACGCAGGGAGACACUUUCCAUCUACUUCGAGCAAGCAGUAUUCCGCUUCGUGAUACCACGCAGUCCUGAAGAAGGUCCAGGUAUCGAGUCGACAGUGCAGCACAUCAAGACUUGGGCAAAGGUCGUGGUCCGCGAGCAUGUGACGCACCUUCGACAUGUUGAGCUACUCCAAGACGUUCGUGUCGCCGAUGACCUUCAUAUCAGCGCCCACCUCGAUACGAACCGUGGUCUCGGCUACUGUUACGGCGGCCCUGCGUACCUUGAUGACGCUAUCAUGCAGCACACCAGCGAGACAAGGAAUCGCAAAGAGGUCAAAGGGGAAGACAUCAUCGCCAUGCUGACGACCAACCUCGAACUGUGGAAGCGGACUACGACACUGCCUACUGCCGAAGAGUUGCUGAGCUCUGUGCCUCCUGAGGGUAUCAGCCUACCCAAGUUCAGAGCUAUGUUCCGCGGUCAAGGUGUAGGCACAACUAUAGGCUCGGAGGACUUGGUGAACAGCGUACUGGCUUAUCACAGGGCAUCGAAGCUUGUCUUCCACAGACCAUGA